CUCCACCUCCGCCCGCCCGCCCGCCCGCCGCACCCGUUCUCUUCCCGCGCACCGCGCGUCCCCCGAGCUCUCCCUCCUCCUCCUGCUGCUAUUGGACGCGCGCCGGCACGAGAUCCUCGCGACCCCGGGGCCGAAUUCCUCCUCCUCCUCCUCCUCCGCGCGUCGGUCCAUCCCAGCCGCCUCCUCAGCUGCUGUUUAGUCGCCACCAAAACGGCAGGAUCACCACGAUGAAGCGCAAGCGCGGCCGUAAGCCGGCGGGCAAGAAGGCUGCUGGUCCGGCGGAGUCCACGUCGCCGGAUUCCGCGUCCAGUCCCAGCACGGAGGCGUCGGACAGCCCGCGAGACCAGGCGGAGGAGGAGGAUGAUAAUAAUAAUAACGCGCCGACCGUCGUCGAUGCGGGGGUAGCAGUCCCUGAACCACGGCCGCCGCCUCCUCCUUCUUCUCAACCUCAACCUUCUGAGCCACCUCGGAAGCCCAGUGCCACCGCGACGGCUAAUCCUCCAGCUGACAUAACGUACAGCAGGCCCAAGGUGGGAGCUGUGUACGGCCGUGUGAAACUCAAGUUCAAGUCGUCCAAGACGGUGGACUCGCCCCUGCGCCCGCAGCAGCAGGAUUCCUCAGAAUCUCAUGUGCCACCGCCCGCUGAUGCUGGGAAAUCAGAGAGUGCUGCUGUGUCUGAAGUAAUCAAGAGAGCUGACGGGGAGAAGGCUCCGGCCGUAACGGAUGGGCAGCAAGCAGAUGGGCAGGGGCUGGAGUCGAGUGACACGGAUAAGGAAAAGGUGGCAAGGAAAUUAGGAGGCAUUAAGAUCAAGUUGGCGGGGCUGCCUUCUGUAGAAAACAGCACACCGGAUCGGAAAGCCGAUUCAGCAGAUGAGCCUUCUCCGAGCAAGCAAGAAGCUCUUUUGGAAAGCAAAAAAAAUGAGGAUGUGGUGGAGGUGAGGAGCUCACAGGAGUCGGAAGAAAAGCAGUCUACUCCGGAACAUCAGCGCAAUGAGAAGGAGCUGGCUGCUGCACUUGAAGCUAUUAAGAAAGUUAUGAAGAUGGACGCUGCUGAUCCGUUCAAUGUUCCAGUGGAUCCUGUUGCAUUAGAAAUACCGGAUUAUUUUGAUGUUAUUGACACUCCUAUGGAUUUUGGCACAAUAUGUCAAAAUUUGGAACGUGGUGACAAGUACAUGAAUUCAGAGGAUGUAUAUAAGGAUGUGCAGUUCAUAUGGGAUAACUGUACCAAGUACAACAGUAAAGGCGAUUACAUAAUUGAGCUUAUGAAACGGGUCAAGAAGGGCUUCAUGAAAUAUUGGUUGGCCGCUGGCUUGUAUUCUGAUGUGCCAGACAGUGGUGGUAAUGACAAUACUGGUGAUGAGGAUGCCAAAGGCCACUCAAAAAGCAAGGCUAAGAACAAAAGGCGACGCCCAGGGAACGAUCGCCACAAAAGUGACUGCAUAUGUGCUGUUUGUCAAGUUACAAGGCGCAAGAAAGAAAGGGAUGAAAUAUUGGCUAUUAUAGACAAUGAGACUGCUGCAAUGGAUAGUAACACUUCUGAGCAGCAUGACAUGGAGGGAAACUCUGGUGGUAAUAAUCUUGGUAAUCAUGACACUUGCUCUAGCCAGGAGCAACCGUCACAAACUUAUGUGUACAAAGAGACAUCAGAAGCAAACGAUUCUGGGAUUCGGAUGGAAGAUGCUGGAAAGUUCUCCACUGAUCAGACACCUAGUUUGCUGCUCCCUGACUAUGAAGAUGAGGGUUCCAGACAAUACUUGGAGGAAAAAGGACAGAUUGAGUAUAGAGAUAUGAACAGUAACGGAGAGCACACCCCCACUCAGCCUAAUGAGUACUCUGAUGUUGAGCAUCACCAGCAAAAGGGGCAGACAGAGACCAGCCAAGAGGUUGAAAUGGAGGAGGAUUAUCCUAUGCAGCAGGAGAACCCUUCAUUUCUGCAACUCUGCGCUAGCCUCUUCCCCAGCAACGGGAGCAGUACUUUCAGGGUGCGACAUUCCCUGUUCCGUCCGCGCCGCCGAGCUCCACUGAAGGCGAGCCCUCUGCAUGUAGCCAUGGCAGCGAUAAUGAAGCGUUAGGAUUUUUUCAGCUUGGUUUCGUGUGAAGAGAAGCUCCAGACCAGCGGCGUUCUGACUUUGGCAAAAGUUGUACCCUGAAUACAUGGAAGCAGGUUGGAAUGUCGAGGCUGAUUAGUCUAUACAUACAUGUGGGUGCGAGAUUAGUUGAGGCAUGCCCAUCUCCGUAGGCUGCAUAUGAGAUUCAGAAUUCUGUUUGAUUUUUCUAUUGUGGCUAAUUGUAAUAGCCACAUGUUGGUCCAUUGCUUGCCGCCCUGGAAUAGGGCUGGCCUGAUGAAACACCUCUCCUUAUAUAAUUUGAUGAUCUAAAGGGUUUGUUUAUUGCCUGGGCAAAUUCUUCUCCCCAACUGCUCACCUGACCAGAGAGAAAAAGGAGAUGCUCUUUGCCCAAACAGAAGUUCAACUGGGAUACAUACAUGAUUGACAAUCCAGAAUAUUUGCUGUGAAUAUUAUACCAUAUUCUGGAAUCAGUCGGGUCCUAAACCUGUCACCUACUCCUGUGAAUGUGAGGUGAGACUAGUAGUGCAUUAUAUUAUGAUGAUAAGAAUGGAGCAUGGGCAUGUGCCA